AUGGUUGUCUACUCCUUCUACAUCUUCGACCGCCACACCGAAUGCGUCUACGUCAAGUCGUGGAUGGCGCCCGACGGCCCCGGAACAACCGCGCCCGUCCUGUCCACCUCCUCCGACGACGCCAAGCUCGUCUUCGGAACCGUCUUCUCUCUCCGCAACAUGGUCCGCAAGCUCGGCGGCGACGACGACGCCUUCAUCAGCUACCGCACGGGGCAGUACAAGCUGCACUUUUACGAGACGCCCGCCAACCUCCGCUUCGUCAUGCUUACGGACACGGGCUCGGCCAGCAUGCGGAAUGUGCUGCAUCAGAUUUACAUCAACCUGUGGGUGGAAUAUGUCGUUAAGAAUCCGCUUGCACCGGUCGAGCACAAGGGGGGCGCGGGUGUCAACAACGAGCUCUUUGAACUUGGGCUGGACCAGUUUAUAAGGGGCAUGAUAAUCUGGCCGCCUCUGGUCAAAAUGCCUAUACCUACAAGAGAGGAGAGGUGUAAGCGGCGAGGCGCCCGUGGGGAUGCACGAUUCGGGAAGCUCUCGUUAGGUGACUUUGAAGAAUCCACGGGCCGUGGCACCCAGACCAAUCUGUCUGUGGUUGGAGCCGCAGAAUCUGGGGCACAGGCUCGCCAGAGAGAUAAUCCUCAUCCCUAA